CGUGGAUUGAAAAGCCUAAUAUUUUCAUUUAAUAAAAUCAUUAAUUUAGCAAUAAAUACGCUCAUUUAAAUUAAUUAAACAACUGAAUACUGUUCUUUAAAGCGACAUAAACUGAUUAAUAAUAAAGUGGCGGAGUAAAACAUAGUAAAUAAUGGAUAAACUUGGAAGUAAAAGUUUGGCUUCAACUUCAAAGAAGCCUGCAGAAGAUUUAUCAAAUGUUGAAUUUGAGACAAGUGAAGAUGUUGAAGUAGUUCCAACAUUCCAGUCAAUGAAAUUAAGAGAAGAAUUACUCAGAGGAAUCUAUGCUUAUGGCUUUGAAAAACCGUCUGCAAUCCAGCAAAGAAGUAUUUUACCGAUCGUUAAAGGACGUGAUGUCAUUGCUCAAGCUCAAUCUGGUACUGGUAAAACUGCAACUUUCUCGAUUUCAAUUUUAGAAAAAUUGGACACAUCUCUUCGUGAGACUCAAGUCUUGUGCUUAUCACCGACUCGAGAAUUGGCUGUACAGAUUCAAAAAGUCAUUCUUGCUCUGGGAGAUUUCAUGAAUGUUCAAUGUCAUGCAUGUAUUGGAGGCACAAAUCUCGGUGAAGAUAUUAGAAAGUUGGAUUAUGGACAGCACGUAGUCAGUGGAACUCCAGGAAGAGUCUUUGACAUGAUUAAACGUCGUGUUUUAAGAACUAGAGCUAUUAAGAUGCUUGUUUUGGACGAAGCUGAUGAGAUGUUAAAUAAAGGAUUUAAGGAACAAAUUUAUGAUGUCUACAGAUACCUUCCACCAGCAACACAAGUUUGCUUAAUUUCAGCUACACUUCCUCACGAGAUUCUUGAAAUGACGAGCAAAUUCAUGACAGAUCCAAUUCGUAUCUUAGUCAAACGUGAUGAAUUGACAUUGGAGGGUAUUAAGCAGUUCUUCGUGGCUGUCGAACGUGAGGAAUGGAAGUUUGAUACAUUGUGUGACUUGUAUGAUACAUUAACCAUUACACAGGCAGUCAUUUUCUGUAAUACAAAGAGGAAAGUCGAUUGGUUGACAGAAAAAAUGCGUGAGGCAAACUUUACAGUAAGUUCGAUGCACGGUGACAUGCCACAAAAGGAACGAGAUGAAAUUAUGAAAGAAUUCCGUUCAGGACAAACUCGAGUACUUAUCACAACUGAUGUUUGGGCUCGAGGAAUUGAUGUUCAGCAAGUCUCACUUGUCAUUAAUUAUGAUUUACCAAAUAAUCGUGAGUUGUACAUUCAUCGUAUUGGACGUUCUGGUCGUUUUGGACGUAAAGGUGUUGGCAUCAACUUUGUUAAAUCCGAUGACAUUAGAAUUCUCAGAGAUAUUGAACAAUAUUAUUCGACACAAAUCGAUGAGAUGCCUAUGAAUGUUGCAGAUUUAGUUUAAAUGGUUUACAGUUUGUGUGAGUUUACAGCAUCAAAUCAUUCUUAUUUACUCCUUACUUUUUUGAUCUAGAAUUAUUUAAUCUAUAAGGCAUUUCUACAUAUAUAUAAUUUAAUUAAAUAAUACUGAAGAUUAUAAUUUG